UUUUUUAAAAAAAUAUUUGUUGUUUUGUUUUCCCUUUCAUUCCAAAAACUUCCAAAAAUGUUUGCAAUAUUCCGGCGUAUUCGCUUUUUCUACAAAAAAUUAAAAUUACAAAGAUUGAGGUAUUUUGUGCCUUUAAUUGUUUUGAUUGCCUAUACUGUUGGGGGUGCUUAUAUAUUUAGAUAUUUUGAAUUACAAGAAGACGAGGAAAGGAGAAUUAGAUAUAGACAAAAUACUGAAUAUGCUUUUAAAAGAACACUUAAUCGAAUGCUUGAAGUUCGGUGUGAAAAUGGUCUUGAAGAUACAGAUAAAGCUUUACAAAAUAGACAUGUAAAAGAACAUCUUUUUUGGUUAAUGGAUUAUUUAAAUUUAACACAAGUAAUUGAAGAAAGAUCAGGUAUUUCCCCUUGGACUUGGAUGGGGGCUAUGUUUUAUGCUGGUCAACUUUAUACAACAAUUGGUUAUGGAUUGCCAGCCACACAAACAUCUGGAGGAAGAUUAGCUAGUAUUAUUGUUAGUUAA